GCAGCCAAGACCAACCCUAUUCUUCUUCUUCUUCUUCUAUCUCUGCCACUCCCCCUAACUGGAUUACAUACAAUAAUACAAUGCAAAUCCUGCAACGUUUGAUUACAUCAACAAGUCGAAGAGUGGCGGCACAUGAAAAGUGGAGGCACUGGGGACCUUCAAGAAGGUUGUGUUUCUCAACGGAUUCAAAAAGUGGAGGCAUAGAUGAGAUGGGAUGGCAAAGCCCUCCGUCCUGGUCCCCCGCCGGCCACUUCAACGGUGAAGACUCUAACAUGUCUCUCUCCGAAUUGCAAGAAAUGGAGGACAAGAUCCGUGAACUGGAAGCCGAGAACCGCAGAAGCAAGGGCUUCGUUGAAAGCUGGCAGGGACGCAUGGCUGAGACCAGCGUGUUGCUCAAGCAGGUUCAGGAACCCGGUGCCAGAGGCUCCUAUCUGAAGGAUUCCGAGAAAGCCCAGAUUUACCGGUUGCACAAGGAGAACCCUGAGCUCUACACAGUUGAGAAGCUCGCUAAGGACUAUAGGAUCAUGCGCCAGAGGGUUCACGCCAUUCUCUGGCUUAAGGAGCUUGAGGAAGAGGAACAGAAAAACCUCCCUCACCCUCUCGAUGAUUCCGUUGAGCUCUUGCUCGAUACUUUCCCCGAGUUUUUUAAUUCUCAUGAUAGGGAGUUCCAUGUUGCGUCGCUUCCUUACAAACCUGACUUCAAGGUUAUGCCAGAGGGCUGGGAUGGCAUUACCAAAGAUGUGGAUCAAGUUCAUUAUGAGAUCUCCAAAAGGGAGGAUGAGAUGCUUUAUCAAGAAUUUGUUGAGAAGAUGAACUUCAAUAAAAAGAAAAUGGCUGGAGAGGUUAAAUGCCACAAGUAUAGUCGACGGCGCUCUUCAGACGGAUGGACUUUUAUAGUAGAGAAAAUGGGUUCCCGGGGAAAGCGUGGAGGUGGCGGCGGCUGGAAAUUUGCUAGCAUGCCUGAUGGAUCAACCCGAUCACUGAACGAGAUGGAGAAAAUGUAUGUGAGGCGAGAGACUCCACGCCGGCGACGCAAGAUCCUUCCUUGAUUACUUGAUUUUUCUUGGUUUUUUUUUUUUUUUUGGGAAGUUGAUAAGCUGUUAAAAUUAGAUUUUGGAGCCAAUGCAUUCAAUGCUUAGGGAUAUGUAUCUGUUUUUUUUUUCUUUUUUUCUUUUGGGGAGUUAUUGUCGUGUAUUUUAAUAAGCUGAGCCAAGGGUGAUCCUUUAAAUUCAUUCUCCUCAUAUUGUUAACGCAUGCUAUGUUGAAAAUUAAGAUCUUUUUUGUCAAGUAAGAAGGUAACCCCUAAUUUAAAUGCAUGAACUUAGAUGAUUUACUUAAUCCGUGCAGGUGUUUAGUCUAUUCAGAAAAAUAACUAAAUGAUCUCUCGGAUUUGUCCUUAGGCAUUAAGGAUAGUGCAUGUAAGAAGAUUUUGUUGUAUACCAAGUUUUGGAGGCCCACACCAAUCCCCGGGAGUAGAUUGUAAAGAGAAAAGCGCUGAAAUGCAGUAAUAGACACUUAUUCAGGGUCAUAUGUAGACAUUGAUUAACCGUUGGUUCAGAUUACGGGUCCUUAGAGUUGGGAGCCGAGAUUCAGACCUUGAGGAUGAGGUGGUUGGAGGCGAGGGUAUACAGAGGUUGGGACUCUGAAUUGAACUCAUCUGAGCUGGAGCAAAAGUAGCUUAAAGCUUUAUUUGAGAGUUUGGGAGAGAGGAAGAGAGGAGAAAGAAGGAUUAAUACAAAACUCUUCAAAUUAGGUGACUUUGAAAACAUGGGAUUAGGAGGGUUUUGGAAGGUUAAUAAACCUUUUCCCUUUCAUUUAAAACUUCCAAACAAGAAUAACCACAAUGGAAACUUUCUCCUCUCUCGUCUUCUAAAUAUCAAUUCCCAAACAAAGUUUAAGUGAUCCAAUCCAAAAUGCAACCCAUUUUUAGUGCCUUUGGAAGUUCUAUUUUAAUCUUGAAAAAAGGGCAGAACAUCCUACUAAUCUAUAAACACCAGCCCAGAAAAAAAACACAUUCCUAUAACAAUAUAUGAAAAGUAAAUAUUUAGAAAUUAAAUGUCAAAUAAUAUAAUCAAUUUCAAUUCAAAUAUGUCUUUGGUAAACAUACGAAGCUAAACUUGUAGUUCAAAUGAUUUAUGAUCAUGAUGCAUGAGAAAAACUUGUAGCUUCAUGAUUUGACAUAAAAAUAGAAUUCUUUUUGAGUCAUGAACUUUUUCUUGUCAAUCCAACUUAUCAAAUUUUGAGAACUUAUUGAGAGUUUCAACUAAAUUCUUAGUUUGAGUGAAAAUAACGAAACAAUAAUGGUUCACUAACCACCAAUAUGAUAAUAUUUAUUUGGGGUGUGGUAGAGUGAUUCUUGUAAUAAAUUAUAGUUCUUUGGUGUUGGUUAGUUUUACUCAUGAAUGUCAUAAUAUAAAUAAAACAUAUAGAUAUAUUUGAAUUAUAAAUACUUGUUUUAAUGCUUUUUAGGUAAGUUGAGCUCAAAAGAAAAAAAAAAAUAGAAAGUCCAAAUAGGUCAAUAAAAAUUAAAAAGCGCAACAAACAGGUUCAUGUUGUCAAAAGAUGGCACCGUAAUAAGCUCACGAUGAUAAUUUAUAUUAUGAUGUCUUGUCGUGGCACAAGUUAAAAUGUGCAUGGACGUGUAGUGGUAAUGACAUGCUACGACAUGUAAUUCAUAGGAUAGCAUGAGGUUAUUGGAAAAAGCCCAACAAAGAGAUUUUAAAAAGGUUUUAGGUUAAUAAGUAUGGUGAAUGAAUU